CAGCGAGUCAAUGUGCCAACAGCUCUGCCUGCUUCAUGGUAGACUGCCUCCCCCUCCCUGCCUCCCUCUCCCUCCCUCCCUCCUCUGUCCAAAGUUGUAUAGGCGCACUCUGUGUCUGUACUUAGCCUUAGGAACACAUCAGAGCCUGCAGGGUAAAGGCUGAAAGAGACAGAUCUGCCCGUGAGCCCCGCGCCCCGAGCCCCGAGCCAUGGCUCUGCUGCUGGACAGCUCUCACACCACGGCGGCUUACUACUGCCUGAUCCGCCGCAGGUUCAAGAGGAGGAGGAAGAAACGCUGCGAGCGCAAAGGUCGAGUGGGAGCUCGGCUACCUCGAAACCAACAGAGGCUGCUCACCAUCGAGGGGGACGAAGCCGAAAGCAUGAGUUCAUGCAGCACAGAUGUUAAGGAAAAUCGGAACUUGGACAACCUCUUCUCCAAAGAGGGGGUUGCAGCUGAGGCUGCUCAACUCCCCAAUGGGAGUGCUGGGGGUGGGAGGAAACGUCCCUUAGAGGAGGGCAAUAAUGGGCAUGCACAUUCCAAGUACAGGCCCAAGAAGCGUAAGAAAGUCCCUGGGCCCAUUCUUCCUAAGAAUGCCCUAAUGCAGCUGAAUGAGAUCAAGCCAGGGCUGCAGUACAAACUGCUCUCUCAGACCGGGCCAGUCCAUGCGCCCGUCUUUGUGAUGACUGUGGAGGUCAACGGGCAGCUCUUCGAGGGUUCGGGUCCUACCAAGAAGAAAGCCAAACUGAACGCAGCAGAGAAGGCCUUGCGCUCCUUCGUCCAGUUCCCCAACGCAUCCGAAGCCCACAUGGCCAUGGGCCGGACUCUGUCUGUUCACACGGACUUCACCUCGGACCAGGCUGACUUUCCGGACAUGCUCUUUAAUGCCUUUGAGACAUCCACUCCUGUAGAUGACCCGUUUUACCUCGCAUCCAACAGUAAUGGUUCCUUCAGCUCACUGGGAAUAGAGUACCCAUUGCUACCCUCCCCUGUCCCAAAUCUGGUCCAGGCCCCCUUACCUCCAGCCCCCUCCACCUUUAUGUCCCCUACAAGCGGCAAGAAUCCUGUCAUGAUCCUCAACGAGUUGCGGCCGGGCCUCAAGUAUGACUUUGUGUCAGAGAGUGGGGAGAGCCAUGCCAAGAACUUUGUCAUGUCAGUGACGGUAGAUGCUCAGAAUUUCCAGGGUUCUGGGCGGAACAAGAAGCUGGCCAAGGCCCGGGCUGCCCAGGCUGCUUUAUCUGCUCUGUUUAACAUGCAGCUGGAUCAGGCACCAUCAAGACAGCCUAUACCCAGAGAAGGACUGCAGCUUCACCUGCCACAGGUCCUGGCAGAUGCCGUCUCUCGUCUUGUCGUCGACAAGUUCAGCGAACUGACAGACAGCUUCACGUCUCCGCACGCUCGGCGAAAAGUAUUGGCAGGCGUUGUCAUGACAACAGGUUCUGAUGUGAAGGAGGCUGAGGUCAUCUGCGUGUCAACAGGGACAAAGUGCAUCAACGGUGAAUACAUGAGCGAUAGAGGUUUGGCCCUCAACGACUGCCACGCUGAGAUUGUGGCUCGUCGGUCGCUCAUCAGGUACCUGUACUCUCAGCUGGAGCAUUUCCUCAGUAACCACGAAGAGGAGCACCACAAAUCCAUCUUUACCAGGUGUGACAACAGACAAGGCUUCAAACUGAAGGAAAACGUCCAGUUCCACCUGUACAUCAGUACCUCCCCCUGUGGAGACGCCCGGAUCUUCUCUCCUCAUGAAGCUGGAGUUGAGGAUCAGGGAGACAGACACCCGAACAGAAAAGCUCGAGGUCAGCUCCGCACUAAAAUCGAGUCUGGUGAAGGAACCAUCCCAGUACGCUCCAGUAACACCAUUCAGACGUGGGAUGGGGUUCUUCAGGGUGAGAGGCUGCUCACCAUGUCCUGCAGUGACAAGAUUGCGAGGUGGAAUGUGGUCGGUUUCCAGGGCUCUCUGAUGAGCUACUUCACCAAGCCCAUCUACUUCUCCAGCAUCAUUCUGGGCAGCCUGUACCACGCCGACCACCUCUCCAGAGCCAUGUACCAGAGGAUUACGGAGAUUGAGGACCUGCCACAGUCCUUCAGCUUGAACAAACCACUGCUCAGCGGAAUUAGUAACGCAGAGGCUCGUCAGCCGGGAAAAGCACCCAACUUCAGCGUGAACUGGACGGUGGGAGAUCAAGGGCUAGAGGUGAUCAAUGCCACCACGGGGAAAGAUGACCUGGGUCGACCCUCCAGGCUCUGUAAACACGCUCUCUACAGCCGAUGGAUGCGUCUGCACUGCAAGCUCUCCCCCACCCUGCGGAUCAGAACCACGAGGCCCAGCAGCUACCACGAGGCCAAGCAGGCAGCGAUGGAGUACCACAGCUCCAAGCAGACGCUCUUCAGAGCCUUCCACAAAGCCGGUCUGGGCGCCUGGGUGAAGAAACCUAUAGAGCAGGACCAGUUUGCACUCGCCACCUGAGUUAGUGCCUGACCGGUGACGGCGGCGGUCGUGAUCUUUGACAAAACACACACACGUCAGAGUGCUCGCUUUACUUUCUGUAACAGUUUCAGUGGUGGAACACUUUCCUUCUGGAUUGUCACGGACUGGACUGUGUUACUGAGAAGAACGAGGAUGUCAGAACCCAUGGAUUUAACAUUCCUCCUUAAUUUUUAUAGCCUCAUGCUAGUCCCUCUCUGCCAGCACUACACAUGAAAAAAAAAGAUUAUUAUUCAGUCAGUUAUGCAAAUUUAUACAAAGGACAAAUGUAAAAAGAGACUUUGGUGAUGGAAACCUGUAAACAGCAUUGUUAGCUAAAAAGGCACUUGUUUAUGUAAGAGUGGUGAUAUAUUCAUUUUGCAUGUAUGAUACCAAAUUCAUAGAAAGUCUCCAGUAAAAGGUUUGUUAUCAUGUUGUGUAGUGUGAUCUCCAAUUAUCAGUGUCGUGAUAACUCGAGAAUGUCCUCCUGCAGUUUGUAAAACUCUUUUAUCUGCUCUGCUGCAGUUCUUCGGCUGCAAAUUUGAGGCCACGCGAAUAUUUAUUUUUUAUUUUUAGCUAAGAAUACGCACACGCCACGACAGAAAACACUUCAUUAUGACAUUAGAAGAUAGACCUCCACAGCUCCACCCUCCAUUUCAAAGACAGGUUUUACUCUGAUUUGUUUUUUUCUCUACAAAACUGAAUCUGAUUGGUGAACCUGCCUGUGCUGUUUGGGUUUAAAAGAGCUUCUAUACUGUAAAUGAGUCAAAUCAGUCCAGACUGUAAAAUAACAUAGAUGAAGAGUCACACAAGUUCCUCAAGAUAUAUUUGAAAGAUUGCACAUCCAAAUUUGGUCAAAGGAAGGAAAACCAGGAAACCACCACGGCUGACUGUGAUAGGCUCACACACCUGUCAAUCAAAGGAAUACAACCUAAAACAUUGUUGUGUUUCAAAAUUUCUCAGUCAUCUCUGUACAACAUUCCACAUUUAGUCAAGACCGUCCAUUUUAUCCAGGUUGCUUUGGUUUUUGGGACAAUUCUCCCAGCAUGCAUUUCACAUCAACCAUUAAGAUUUUUAGAUUUUAACAUAGCACCUAUGGAGAUUUGCUCUGACAGUUUCAAAUGUGUAAAAACCAGACCAGCCUCUGCUGCUGUCGAUGUUUUAUAUAUUUAACACUGUACAACAGCUACAACGAUUUGGAACAUUAGCCACCAUAUGAAGUACAGAUGGAUGUACAGUAUGGAUUUGAGAAAGAGUUUGCUUUAUUGUUUAUGGAUUCCAUUUUCAUUCUUAAAAGGUGCCAGAUGUAACAUUCUGGUGCAUUUUAUGUUUGAAUCACUUUUUAUCGCUAAAUGGGUGAACAGGAAGUUAGGUAACUUCAAAACAUCUUAUAUUCCUUCUUCUAUUUUCUAAUUCUAUAUGUUUUUUUUUUUUACAACAUUAGCAAAACAUAAACAUGUUAUUUUUGUAUGAAAAUAUGAAAUAUUUGAAGAAACAUCAAUAUGCAUCAGUGUACAAUAUAGGCGAUGAUAUUUUCUUUACUUUAGUUCACAUUGUACAAAUUCAGGGGAUGGAGUCGCAAACUUGAGAAACAUGAACAGAAUAUUUUUUCAUUCAUAUGGUCGGUAGAGCGGGAAAAAAAACAUCUUCAGGACAGCGUUAACCUUUGCUGAAAGACAUUCUGGUUCAUGUCUAGCAUGCAUUUUAAUAAUAAUACUGAGAGGUGCAAACUGUGAGGCUACUAAGACCUAAACAUAUGAUGAAAGUUGUAUUUGGAAGCUGCUUUCAUUCAAUAUAAAUGCAGUCAUACUUUUAUUGCAGCAAGAUGGAGAUGAAAACUAUGAAUCACUUCUGUUUUGUUCAUUGAAUCCAAUGCAAAACAAUGGUCUAUAAGGACAAGCAUUUAUCUACUGUACAACAGAGUUAUGACAUUCACAUCACAUUCAGUCAGUUUUGAAUGUAACAAGCUACUGAUUCAGUAAGUGAUGAUAAUGAUUCAGUACCCUCAAUUCAGCUUGAGGGUUUUGUCUAUACAUAGCCUAAUCUGUUCUUAUUGCCAGGUCGCCAAAUUCAGACACCAUGUCGGUAUUUGUCCCUUAAAUCUCAUACAGAUGCACAGAGAACCCUUUAGCGUCUAUAUUAGAUGCACCGGGCUUCAAUGUAAACCCAUCUGCGUCAGGCAAUGUAGUAUAAAGACAAUCUUCAUCUUCAGUCGUCAUCUGGAGGUGGCUCAGACACACCCAGGACAUUCGUCCAGGAUACCAGGGUUUGUGUCCCAUGUGAAACCAAGUUAUGUAACAUGCAUCAUCAUCUGUGACUGGUGACAUCAAUGUAUGUACUGUACGUAAUGUGAUGUAGUUAUUUGAGCCCAAACUACAGUUUUUUCCUAAAUGUAACCAAGUAGUUUUGGUGCUUAAACCUGACCAUUUCAUAACAUUAGAUAGGGGAAAAUGUAAGGGUAAAAAGGUAUGUCAGACACUACAGCUGCUAAAGGGUUCCCCGUGAAUCUGUAUGAGAUGCCUGAACCCUGGUAUGAGAACAGGUUGACUGAGCACCUUCACAGCCAGCAUCUAGUGGCCAUUAGAGGAACUACAGGCAGACUAAGGCACUCAGCUAUGGUGGUUGAUCUGGACUGAUGCUUCAGUUGGUUCAGUUUGCCUUUCAGGGGUCAUUUUCUUCUAGUUGGAUGGCACCAAACCUUGCUAUGUUCACAUUUGACCAAACAAAGGAAACACUCCAUACAUUGAACAAACAUGUCAGGUGUGAACACACCCUAAAAUAUCUCUCCUAAUAUGAGCUGUGUUGCACUAGAUCAGAUUAACAAAUCUUAUGCAAUGAAACUCAACAAACAUUUCAGAGUCUGUGAACCUCUCCUCCACUGAUAAUCCAUAUGCAGUAACGACAGUAAACUCAGACCCUGCUAGUGUUGUUGGCGUUCACACUUCAGUCACUAAAAAGCUCACCAAAGAUGAUGUCAGCAUUUGUCAGACUUUUGAAAUUUCAGAUUUUCCGUGUUGUUUUUCACACAUUCAAAAUGUUCGUUUUUAUUACUGUAACCUGCCUCUACAAACCUUGUGUCUCGAACAAUUCAAAUGUACGUUUGUGAUGACGUGUGAAGUGGUGUUUUACGUGUGAUGUUCUACUCUUUCGAACCAAACAUGAAUCCCACAAUCACCUGUUUCCUCUAUAGCAAAUGUAAAUUUUAACUUUCAGAUAUGUUUUUAAUUUUCUAAAUUCUUUAUUUUGCUGUGAACAUCCUCUGGAUGUAAACCUCCAGCCUCAAACCCACACAGGGCAUAUUUAACUUAUUUACUUUCGAUGUAGGCGGAGGUCUUUUCUUUAUAUAUAUAUUUUGAACGUGCAUCCUUCUGCUUCUAUUUAAUAGCUGAAAAUAUGUCUUAACUCUGAGCAUGUGCAAACCUGUUCCUGUCUCAGCAUACCUGACUCCAGGCUCGGGCCCUCAGGGUUUUUGGAGGUGCCGGCCAAUUAUGUUUCCACAGGAUAUGCACUUUUUAAAAAGGGAAAUAAUUAUAUUUUCCAUUGAUUUUGAGGUAAAGCAACAGUGAAUGGAUGAAUGGGAGAAUAUUUUCCACUGUAUGUCAAUCCUCCCUGUCUAUACGUUGAUGGUUGGUGAGCCUCGACGGUUCUGAUGGGUUCAUGCAGUAUGUUAUUGAUUUGCCCCCAUAAAAUAUAGCAAGGCUGUGGGGCCUAAUGCAUGAGCUCUACCUGUAAAGCAUGGAAACUAUAAAUAUAAAAUAUGUAGAAACUGAGUCAAGUCACUGAGCUAGAGAUUUAAUAAAAUGCUAUUACACUCA